CAAAGUGGUACGGUCCCGGGCUCAAAUUCCGAGAAUUGAGCUGCUCUGAUUCUUAGAACUGGGCUUCUUAGAAGUGGUGAUGCAAGAAGUUUCUAGGAAAGCGCUACCAGAGUUCGACAGGAUGGCGUGCGGCGCCACCGACAGCUGCAUCCAGUUCACCCGCCACGCCAGCGACGUGCUGCUGAACCUCAACCGGCUGCGCAGCCGCGACGUCCUCACCGACGUGACCAUCCUGGUCAGCCGCCAGCAGUUCCGCGCACACAAGACCGUCCUCAUGGCCUGCAGCGGGCUGUUCUACACCAUCUUCACCGACGCCCACAAGGGCAACCUGAACGCCAUCAGCCUGGACCCCAAGGUGGACCCCGAGGGCUUCAGCAUCCUGCUGGACUUCAUGUACACGUCCCGCCUCACGCUCCGGGACAACCUGCUGCUGGCCACCAUGAACACCGCCAUCUACCUGCAGAUGGAGCACGUGGUCGACACCUGCCACCGCUUCAUCAAGUCCAGCGACGCGGCGUUGAAGCUGCCCCGGGACGAGUUCCUGGUGAGCCCGCUGGUCCUGCCGCCGGACGUCCACGCCUUCCGGCCCCACGACGUGGUCCCAGACGGCCUGCACAGCCGCGGCGUGGGCGCCUACCGCGACGCCCGACCCUACGCCUCCACCGUGUUCGGAGGGGUGGGGGUCCCCGGCGGGCCCUACCACCACCACCCGCACCACCCGCACCACCCGCACCACCCCCACCACCACCUCUACAGCCAGUUCCCCGCGCCCGGCUUCCCCUUCCCGCUCUGCAAGCUCAGCGACGCAAAGAACGCCUUCGCCGCCGCCGCCGACCUCUCCAAGAGCGCCCUGCACCACAAGCUCCUCCCCCCGCCCGCGCCCGGGUCACAUGACCCCAUGGCCGGGGCGGGGGCGCGAGGGGGAGGAGGGGCCGAGUACGGCCGCCAGCUGGGCGGGACCGGCGGCUUCUCCGGCGUCCUCCACGGCGCCGUGUACGGCCGCGAGGCGCCCCGGGAAGAGGAGCCCAGGAAGGAGGGCCGGGACGGGCCGAGCCCCGCCUUGGGCCUGGGGGCCCGCAAGAGGGGGUUCCCCGGCCUGGGGGCCGAGCAGCAGAAGGAGCAGAAGGAGGCGGGCCGGGAGCAGCGGGAGGAGGAGGGGCACGCGUACCCCUCCCUGGGCCCGGCGGGCGCGGGCCGGAAGGCCCUGAUGAGCAGCCCCCAGAGCCCGCUGAAGUCCGACUGCCAGCCCAACUCGCCCACCGAGUCCAGCAGCAGCCGCAAGGCCGGCCUGGCCCACCAGGGGGCGGCGCCGGCCCCGGGGGGCGGGGCCCCGGACCCCAAGGCGCGCAACUGGAAGAAGUACAAGUUCAUCGUCCUGAACCAGAGCGCCAAGGAGGAGGUGGAGGAGGAGGGGGGCGUGGAGGGGGGGGCGGGCUCCGCGGGCCGCUGCUCCUCCCCCCCGCCGCCCCGGCUGGAGGCGUCCCCGUACCGCCACCGCCACCCGGCCGACGGCCCCGCGCCCGACCCCCACCCCCUGCACCCCUCCGGGGGGGCGGGGCUGAAGAAGGGGGAGGCCGGCGGGGAGGUGCUGUCGCCUCAGAGCAGCCGGCUCAACAGCAUCAUCAACAGGGCCCAGAGGGGCGGGGACAGUCACGCGCCUCCCCCCCACUUCCUCAGCCACCUGAACUGCUCCACCUGCGGGACCCCGUCCCCCCAGCACCCGGCUGACGGGGGCCCCAACACCGCCACCUCCGCCGGGGAGCUCCACUCGGAGUACUCCGACUCCAGCUGCGAGAACGGCGCGUUCUUCUGCAGCGAGUGCGACUCGCGCUUCGCGGAGGACGACGCUCUGAAGCAGCACAUGCUGCAGCUGCACAGCGACAAGCCCUACAAGUGUGACCGCUGCCAGGCCGCCUUCCGCUACAAGGGCAACCUGGCCAGCCACAAGACCGUCCACACAGGUGAGAAGCCAUACAGGUGUAAUAUAUGCGGUGCUCAGUUCAACCGGCCGGCCAACCUCAAGACGCACACGCGGAUCCACUCCGGAGAGAAGCCGUACAAGUGUGAGACAUGCGGAGCACGCUUUGUCCAGGUGGCCCACCUUCGCGCCCACGUGCUUAUCCACACCGGGGAGAAGCCCUACCCCUGUGAGAUCUGUGGCACGCGCUUCAGACACCUGCAGACGCUAAAGAGUCACCUCCGCAUCCACACCGGGGAGAAGCCCUACCAUUGUGAGAAAUGCAACUUGCACUUCCGCCACAAGAGCCAGCUGCGUCUGCACCUCCGGCAGAAGCACGGCGCCAUCACCAACACCAAGAUCCAGUACCGCCUGUCCUCCAUGGACCCGCCCACGCCCCUGCUCAGCCCCGCCUGCUGAGCCCCCGACCAGGGCCCCUGAGCCACGGUACCGGGCCCCAGAGCGGCCUGCUGAGCCACCGUACCGGGGCCCCCAGACCCAGGUCCACGGAGCCACGGUACCGAGCGCCCCGGAGCCGCCGUAGCGAGCCCUCUGACCCUGGCCCCCGGAGCCCUCGGACCCUGGCCCCCGGAGCCACUGGAGCUGGCCCCACAGACCCACUCAGCUGAGACCCGGGCCUCGGGCCCCGGAGCCACUGGACCGGGCCCCCAGACUCACUCAGCCCGGUACCACGCUGCCACAACCCCAAGACCAAGGCAUUUAAAGACUCGUGACCGCGUACAAUCACCCAGAACGGUAGUGCCACACUGUGUUCAUUCAGAGAGAGAGAGAGAGAGAGAGAGAGAGAGACAAUACUGGCGUAGGAAGCGCCAUUCUAAACGGGUUUAUACACACGAGCGUCAAGGCUCCAGUCCUUUGUAUCUGUCGGGAUGCGAACGCCGACUGCACUUCCGGGCUUUGAGUACGCAGUUUGAAAGAUUCAUUUUGGUGCGAAGAAUGGAAUGUAUACAACGUCCAUUUUGUUUCUUUUUGUUGUUGGUUUUUUCAUUUUUGAAAACGAAAACAAAUAUUUUGUAUCAAAGAAUUUUACUUUUCUGAAAGUAUUAAAAAAACUGAAAUUUCAAUCGAGGGGGGCGGUACGUAUAUUUUAAAAAUAAAUCCGAAGUUUGUGGCUGUAUAAAAGGUGUGUGAAUAUUCUUGGUACGGCCCGUCCCCCACCCCCGCCCUUCGGUGGGUUUGGACUCACCCUGAGACAUAUCAGAAGGGGGACGAUAUGAUAGUGCAUGUGGCGUUACUACUGCUGCCAAGCUCCAUGACCUGCCCGUUACACGCUGUGACAUCUGUAAUUAUUCUGAACAUGACGUCGUGGACUCUCUGCUGGCGGAGAACACGAAAUCCUCUCUGUUUUGUGUUUUGGUUUUUAUUGUUCUGAUAUGAAUUUCAAGGUACGGGCUUCUAUAUCUAUAUAUCUAUAUAAAUAUAUGGAUAUGUAUUUAUAUAUACGACCACAGACAUAUUAUGCUUCAUAAAUGUAAUUUGUAUAGAUGUUAAUUUUUUUCGUCAUUUAUAAAGUGAAGGUUUACAGUUUAUGUUCCCUGUUGUACAAUCUACAAUAAAGUGUGUGUGAAUGUCAUGGUUUGAUUUAUGCGUCACGCCGUUUAGCUGCGAAUUCCUCUUCAGCUGCACCUGUUAUUUUGGUCCGUUGGUCUCAGUUUGAGCAGAUUUGGAUCCAUUCAACAUGAGAAUAGGAAACAUUCUUGUGUUUGCGUAGCAAAACUUCAAAUUAAUGUCUCAACAUUUAACUUGAAGGGCUGUAGA